AUGUUAUGUUGCACAUACCUUUUAUGGGUGGCACUCGCUUUUCUGACACGGCUUUCCUGCGCUUUUUACGCGGUUGGGGACUAUGCAGUUUCGCCCGAGCUUUUACCUGGACUUUCCAAUGUUGAAGACCCUGCGUUGAUACCCGAGAUGUUUGCUGGACACAUCUCCCUAGGUGAAGAAGAUGAUGAGAACGCGGGGAACUAUUUUUUUUGGAAAUUUCAUGACAAUGCUGGUCGCACCAGCGAAAGGGCCAAAAAUACCCUGAUAUUUUGGCUAAACGGAGGCCCUGGAUGCUCUUCGAUGGAUGGGGCACUAAUGGAAUCUGGUCCCCUCAGAGUCGACUCAUAUGGAAAGGUAUAUUUGAACGACGAAGGCUGGCAUACGCGUGGAGACAUCGUAUUCGUAGAUCAACCCGUGGGAACCGGGUUCUCGACUGUGGGCUCGAACAACCAGUACGAUAAAGACUUGCAGGAUGUGUCACAACAUUUUUUGAGUUUCCUUCAUCACUAUUUCGAGGUUUUCGCUGAUGAUUCCAACAAGACUGUAAUUCUCGCUGGUGAGAGCUACGCCGGUCAAUACAUUCCCUACUUCGCACAAGCCAUCUUGGAUCAUAACAGUAACGGAGAAAACAACCAAGUAAAUUUGGAGGCGCUACUUAUCGGCAAUGGAUACAUAGACCCCAAUCAACAGGCUCUCUCGUACAUUCCAUUCGCUUUCCAAAAUGGUCUUAUCCAGAAAGGAGACCCUAAGCUCUCACAGCUUCUGAAUCAACAAGAACUGUGCCAGAACAAGCUAAACGCAAAUCAUGACGACGUAUUUGUAAUUCCUGAAUGUGAUAACAUAUUGAGCGUGCUGCUCGAUGUUACUAGGGUAACACAAGAUUCAAAUGGAAACAAGGUUGACGCGAAUCAGCAAUGCACCAACAUGUACGAUUUGCGGUUGAAGGACUCCUACCCAUCUUGCGGGAUGAACUGGCCUGACGAUUUACCGUAUGUUUCGAAGUUUUUCAACACUCCUGGGGUUAUGGAAGCCCUGCACCUGGAUUCGGAAAAAGUCCCUAGUUGGCACGAAUGCGAUGACCAAGUUUCGAAGUAUUUGACGAAUUCAAAUUCAAAAGCCUCUGUGCAUCUUCUGCCCUCAAUUUUGGAGUCCGGUAUUGAAAUAGUUCUUUUCAAUGGUGAUAAAGAUAUUAUUUGCAAUAAUCUUGGUGUCGAAACACUCAUCAGCACACUUUCGUGGGGUGGUGAGAAGGGGUUCACCGAUAACAUGCAAUAUUACGACUGGAGAUACAGGGAUGAUCAAAACGACGAUAUUGUACCAGCAGGUUUUGUCAAAUAUGAGAGAAACCUAACAUUUAUCAGCGUUUACAAUGCCUCUCACAUGGUACCCGUCGAUAAUAGUGCUGUGAGCAGGGGAAUCGUUGACAUAUACUUUAACGAUGUUGAGCUUGUUCAAGACAAUGGUGAAGAUAUUUUGAUCAGUGAGAGCUUUAAUACCGGGGAUUCGCAACAAUUGGACUGCGAUGGUUUAGAUAAAGACUCAGAGAGGUGCCAGGCAUCUACUAUUCAAGGAGAUGACGAGGAGGAUGAUCAGGGAACUGAUACGGAUGCAGUCGAUAAUGGCAAGGAGGAUGAAGACGACGAUGAAGGCGAUGAUGAUGACGACGACGAUGAAAAUGAUGGUGAUGAAGAGGAUAAGGAAGAGGAUGAUGAUGAUGAGAAUGACGAUGACGAUGACGAAGAAGAGGAAGAUAACAAUGAGCACGACGAUAACAAAAAUGACCACAGCGGUGAAGAAGACUUGAAUCACUCCAAAAUCUCUCACAGGAUCAGUGUCGGAAUCGUAUCCAUGUCAAUCUCAGCAGUCAUUCUAAUAGGCCUGUAUUUCACUUUCCGGGAACGUUUUCGCCCCAAGCUUCGUGCCAUACUAGUCGAUCCAAAUAGUCGAUCCCUACAGAGUAAAAAAACUGUCUCUUGGGCCUCAGAUUUAGAGCAGGAUCCGGCCGAAUUGACAGAUCCGACGUCAGGAUCGAAACGGAAAGAUGGAUACUCUAAUAUCCCAGCACAAGAGUCUAGAGGUUCUUUCGAGCUCGACGACUUUUGA